AUGUUCAAACCAUCCACCGCAUCUUCUGCUCUUCGAGCUAUCCCCUCAUCAUCUAGGGCAUCCGUAUCGAUCGGAGCUAGAUCUUUCCAUGCCAGUUCAAGAGCUUCUUUGGCCACUCCUUCUGAGACUAAACCUGCUCAGACUAAGGAAUUCAAAAUUUACCGAUGGAACCCCGACACACCAUCUGAGAAACCAAAAUUACAAUCUUACAAAGUCGAUUUGUCACAAUGUGGUCCAAUGAUGUUGGAUGCUCUGAUCAAAAUCAAGAACGAGCUCGACCCCACACUUACAUUCAGACGAUCAUGCCGAGAAGGUAUUUGUGGAUCAUGCGCUAUGAACAUCGAUGGUGUAAACACAUUAGCUUGUCUAUGUAGGAUCGACAAGGAUGUUAACAAACCUUCGAAAGUUUACCCAUUACCUCAUAUGUAUAUCGUCAAAGAUCUUGUUCCCGAUCUUACACUCUUCUACAAACAAUACAAAUCGAUCGAGCCUUUCCUCAAGAACGACAACCCACCUGCUCAAGGUGAAUUCUUACAAACUCAAGAAGAUCGAAAGAAACUUGAUGGCAUGUACGAAUGUAUUCUGUGUGCAUGUUGUUCGACCUCUUGUCCAUCUUACUGGUGGAACCAAGAUCAAUAUUUGGGUCCGGCUGUUUUGAUGCAAGCUUACCGAUGGAUGGCCGAUUCCAGAGACUCAUACGGUGCUGAGAGAAAGGAAAAGAUGCAAAACACCAUGUCAUUAUACCGAUGUCACACCAUUUUCAACUGUUCCCGAACAUGUCCUAAGGGUCUUAACCCAGCUUUAGCCAUUGCCAAAAUGAAGCUCGAGAUGGCUACUGAAUAA